AUGGACGCCCUGAGAGUGGCCGGACACCUCAGUGCGACUCCCCGAAAUGCAAGUAGCAUGCUGGUCCGCCUGCUGGGCACCGGAACUCCAGCCACGGUGUCUCCGAACGAUGUCCUCAAGGGCGCGAAAGCAGUGUGUGCACCCCCGAAGAAAGGGAAGACAGCUUCCCUGCCGGCCUUCAGAAGGCUUGCCGCCGGUUCCAUCAUUCAACCGGCUUCAAACCUUGCUCUGGCGACGGGCUUUGGUUUCUUCAAAUGGGAUGCACACUGA